UCACUCCGUUGUAACGUCGAAGCCGGCUGCCCCUCCUGACCUGACGUUGGGUCGCCGGGGAAGCUCGGCGGCGGGGGCCGCGGCCGGGACCCACCCGCACCCGGAGCUCGCCUUAGAGGGCGCUGCCGCCUGCACUGGGGUCAAAGAAGAAGCCAUGUGGAGGAAUUGUAUUAGGCUGGCAAGGGGGCUCGGUCAAAGUGCAGUUCUCCGUCUGGACCCAAAAGUGCCAUGGUGUGGUGGUGUUCGAGGGUUAAAUCCAGGUGCCCCAUGCAGUCCGCUCUGGAACUCUCUGGCCUGGCUCUCUCAGUCCAAACGGUCAAAGGAUUACGCCCUCCCCAACUCCAGCUGGAGCCAGGACAUGAUGGAUUUGUAUAGCAGGUUCCUGGAAAUGUGUAAAGAUGGGACAUGGAAAAGGAUUCCUUCCUACAGCGAUACUGCUGAUCAUGUACCAGAAUCGUUGAAGCUAGCAAAUGAGAAGGAGCGGAAGGGAACCCGCUUCUUCCCCAGAAACUUAGAUACCGAAGGAGUGGGCUUCGAAUAUGCCAUGUUCCUUAACCCGUCUGAGAAGAGAAUGGUGUGUUUGUUCCAGCCAGGGCCCUAUCUGGAAGGGCAUCGCGGGUUUGCCCACGGUGGUUCCACUGCAACUAUCAUUGACAGCACUGUUGGGGGCUGCGCUAUAUUUGUUGCUGGCCGGGUGAUGACUGCUAACCUCAGUAUAAACUACAGGAACCCCAUUCCACUGGGUUCAGUGGUCUUGGUGGACAGCAAAGUGGACCAGAUCGAGGGAAGAAAAGUGUUUCUGUCCUGUCACGUCAGGAGCAUCGAUGGCCAAACACUUCAUGCCGAGGCAACUGCCCUGUUUAUCCAGCUGAAUUCCACGAAGUCCCUGCAGCAGCAGGUGAGCUCCCAGUGAGUCGUCUUGGCUUGUCGGACAAUCAGGCUGCAGCCGAGCCCACCUUGGCCUCUGCUCCCUAAUUCCCUGCUUUGAUCUCUCCUGCACUGAAGAGAGAGCUCUGCCCUGAGGGGGGUCUCCUGAAUCAGUGAUGUGGUGCAGAUUUUUCUGCAUUCAUCGACUUUGAAGGGCCUCUCUGGAAGCUACCUCUGCCCGUUGAGCUCCACUGCAGCUGUCGUGUCGUCCCACCUUCAGCUGGCCGGUCAGUAUCUGAUUCACCUCCGAACAAGAAGGACCGAUUUGUUGCCUGUUGUGCAGAGAACUGCUGCUGGGAGUUGGUGCAGUCUGUGGAUUCCAGAGACAGUGAGCUGUGCGUGUGACUUGGUGUUGCAACGUCACAUCUUUUAUCAAAGAACAAAUGCAAUUAACCCUUGGUCUGCCGCUUACUGCACUGCAAGCAUGUAAAUUCUCUGUUCUUACAUGUAUCUCUUAUUGCUCCUUCCAUAUGUCUGCCAGCCCUCUUGGCUGCUGAAGGAACUUGCUACUUGAUAAUUCAGCAUGCUGUCUGUCCUUUACACCAUACGCAGUCUAAAUGGGAUGGGUAAUGGUCCAGAUCUAGUUCUGCUUGAGAGAGUGAUCCACACCCAUAUUGUAUCUUAUCCGGUUGCUGUGACCCAUUCUUCUUUAGCAUGGAGAAGUUGCAGGAGGUGGGAGGAGACUUUGGCUUCCGUGCCUAAAAGAGGGUUAAGUAGAACAUAAUUUGUCCCUUUUGUUGGACUUAGUGGACAAAUCAGUUAGUGAUGCCCGAGUCAGAAGAGAAAUCAGAUCCUGCUCUCCUAAGAGCCAACACAGGAAUUAAAAAGCAGAUCUGAGUCAUGGGACAGAUGUGUGGACUUGGAAGGUGCCGUCGUGAAAGAAUCGCCGCAGAGUCUUGCAAAGCCAUUUUUAGUGCUGGUUGAAACAUUUCCAUUCCGUCCUUUUUCUUGAGGGGAAAAUCUGGACUUUGAUCAAACAGAAUUUUUGCAAAAAGUGUCCACUUUCCCCGGAAGGCUGUCUUGAUUUCGAGUCAAAAAGCGGAACGUGGGAAUGGAAAUGAUUUUGAUUCUGAAAUGCAGCUGCACAGUUCAGGUGCCUUUUACUCCUAUUCUGUGUGGGGCCAGGGUCCCCAGCCAGAUUGUGUCUCUAAUGCCCUGCAGUCAUGGGACUGCCCUGAAGUGUGACCUGCCUUACAAGGGGACUUGGAAGCACAAGGCACCACCCGCAGCAUUUCAGAAUUACACUAUUUUAGGGUUUGAUUUUUAAAACUCCCAAGUUCUCCUUGGAAAAUGUAGAUGAAAAUGAAACUUUUUCAUGGCACCCCACCGCUCACUUUCUGGCUACCAGUAGAAAACUUUCCAUACCAAUAAGCUUUCCCUGGAGCAUUAUGAAAACUAGCUUAAUGGGGAACUGGCUUCUAUACGCUUGGUAUGAGCGCACAAACCAAAAUCUCUAACAACAGAUCUUAGUCAGACUGAGCCUCUCUCCCCCUCAACAACUUUGUUCUCUGGAUCCUGCACUAAGCUUCGAUAGCAGAUCUCUGGACAUUGAAUUUGCUGCAUAAUUAACAGUUGCCAGCGUACAGUCGUUUUCCUCUUGGGAAUAAGUUAUCCUUUCAGUCUCCUGGUUUCUCUUCCAAACUCUGCCACUGCCUCAGCUUCCUUACCUGUGAAAUAAGGGUUCAUGAAACUUGUCUGUCUUGAAUUAAUCCUCGCUGUUCUUCUCAUAUCUUGGUCAAGCACUAAGUAUUGUAGAUCUUUAGAUGGAUCUGAGAGAGAAAGCAAAGAAAAUGUUAAUAGAGGUAACAGAAGUAAUAUAUACAAUGUUAUUUAUUUUUGUAGUUAACUCACUGCAAUCUUGCUACUUCCAUGAGAGCGCAGGAUGUUUUGCAGAAGCCUCCUAAGGAGUUUGCCUAUAGCUCCCCUUAAAGCUAAUCUUGAAUGGGACUUUAAUUUGCUCACUAACAAGCUGCAGAGAUUUUUGCCUGUGUCCAGCACAGAAUAUUUGUAUUUGUGGAACCCAGGGGUUUACACACAUUGCUAGGACUGGGACGACUUGAAAUAUGGGUCGGUCUUACAUUCUCAGUGGAAAAUGUUUCUUUUAAAUGUGUUUCACUUGUGCGAAAUUGAACGUCAGCAGUAUUGUCCUGGCAGCCUUCCUCUGCAACCCUGCAGCUGCUCCACAUCUGCAGUUAGACGGAGCUGAUUCGCUGUAGGUGCUCAUCCCGGGACUGAGCCGGAGCAAUUUCUGUUCCCUGGUCCCAGCAGUUCAAAGACUAUUGGAUGGGAGCAGGUGCAUUUUAAGUUACCAAAAUGACUCUACAAAUGAGCAUUUGUUGCCAGCAGCUAACAUGGUCUGUGGGAUCACAGUGAGACCCACCAGUGGGAGACCUGCCCACCGCUGGCAGCAAGGACGUACGUAUGUAUGGGGGCUGUGCCUGUCCACGCUCCGUCUGAACACCAGCAUGGUUUAAAACUGCCUGCCCCCAAGCUGUGUCCGUGCCGCUGAUGGGGGGAGGACACUUCUCAAAAUUCUCCCCAUUAGGGAUGGAACCAGUUAACCAGCAGACCUGCCUGGGCUGGAGCAGCUCCCCGCCUGUGCUGUUGCUGGGGCAGGGGCAGGGAUGUAAAAUCCCGUUUAAUUGGUUAAUCGGUUAAAGGUUAAGUUUGACUGGUUAGCCAAUUCAAUGGGAGGGUCACUCCAGCCCAGCUGGAACCCCCCCACCCCCACCUGCUGCAAAUGGGGGCUGCUCUGGCCAGAUUGAAGCACCCUGGGCCUGUGGCAAGCCCCGUGGGGCUAGAGUAGCCUCCUUCCCAGGAUGUGCGGGGAGUUGCUCUAGCCCUGAUGUAACCAGUAAGCCUCACCCAUUUACUGGUUAACCAUUAAUAUCCCUAGGCAGGGCUGGCGUGUCCCCUGGCCCAUGGGUUCCUGGGUAAGCGAUUAACUGGUUCAAUGUAACAUUUAACCAGUUAACUGAUUAAAUGGGAUUUUACAUUCCUAGAGAGACAACCUAGUCCAGAGUGCUCCUCAGGCGCAUCAGAGCCUGAAAGUGACCAGGCUAGUCCCACCUUCAGAGCUGCUUGAAGAACAAAAAUAACCCCAGGGCAGCAAUGCAGCAAAUCAGAUCAGGUUAGGGAACUGGAAUACUUGUUCCGUGCUCAGCCGGUUCCGAGAGUGCUGCUAAGGAAAUCUCUCCCAGCCGAGCAAGUCUUUCUGCGAGAGCCUCGAUCCGGGGCUGCGGCAUGAAUGGACUUUUUGUUCUUCACCCACUGCAGAGGGUUUAAAUUUGUGCUCUCAAAUAUCCGAGUGCUGGGUGGGGUGUUCGGUUUGGUUUGUUAUCUUCUUUGUCGCUGGUCAGAGCAACGCAGUCCAAAGGGGAUUGUUUCUGCAAUCUAAAAGGGGCGUGACCAACGAGGAAUAAAGAGGUUUAUUUCAGAGCA